UAAAGGGGAACGUGUCACUAGCGGAGCCGGCGGGUCCAGCCUGCCGGUGCCUCUGUCCAAGGUGCUGAAACCGAGCCGCGCUCAGACCGCCCCGUCCGUCUGCAGGAGGGCGACCCAACCGCUUCGACACCAUGGGUGCAGCCGCUCCCAGCCGCGCAGCCAGGCGCUUUCAGAGGUGCUGAAAUCUCCAUCCAGCCUUGCGUCGUUGGACCAGCCUGGUUAUUGAUCUCCAAAGCAGGAUCGGGCCGAGCUGGCUGGGAUGCUGAAGCAGGAGCGCUGAGCCUUGGAUUUAAUGCACGGCGCCACCGGGGAUUGUUGCUCAACCGGCCCCCUGGAUCCCAGGCUGAACUUUGCCUUGCCCCAGCCCCACUCUCCCCCGCCAGGUCCGGACUGCCAGCCUAUGUCCGCCUGAAGGUGCCGGGUGUGAGCGAACGGCUGGGGCUGGGGGACGAACCUGGCCAUGGAAGGCUCCAACGGCUUUGGGAUCGACUCCAUCCUGUCCCACCGAGCGGGGAGCCCGGCGAUGCCCAAAGGAGACCCUCUGAUGGGGGAUUGCAGGUCCCCCCUGGAACUAAGCCCCGGUUCUGAAGUCAGCAGCGGCUGCCCGUCUCCCCAUUCGCCGGGGAAGGACUGCCUGGAAGCGGUGGCCCCCCGGCAAGGGGUGGCCGUGGGCUUGGAAUCUCACCUCCAGCCGGGGCAGGGCUCGGCUCCUUCCCAAUCCAGAACAGUGACCUCGUCUUUCCUAAUCAGGGACAUCCUAGCCGAUUGCAAGCCCCUGGCAGCCUGCGCGCCUUACUCCAGCACCAAUGGACAGAGCGGCCAGGAGCCGGCGGGGCGAAUCCCUGCCAAACCCGGGGAGGACUUUCGAGAGAAAAUGGACAAAAGUAGCAGCAACGCCUCGUCCGACUCGGAGUACAAAGUGAAAGAAGAAGGGGACCGAGAAAUCUCCAGCUCCAGGGACAGCCCCCCGGUGAGGCUGAAAAAGCCCCGCAAAGCCCGCACCGCCUUCACCGAUCACCAGCUGGCGCAGCUGGAGCGGAGCUUUGAGAGGCAGAAAUACCUGAGCGUGCAGGACAGGAUGGAGCUGGCGGCCUCCCUCAACCUCACUGACACCCAAGUGAAAACGUGGUACCAGAACAGAAGGACCAAGUGGAAGAGGCAGACAGCGGUGGGACUGGAGCUACUGGCAGAAGCUGGAAAUUAUUCGGCCCUCCAGCGAAUGUUCCCAUCUCCCUAUUUCUACCCGCAGAGCUUGGUCUCCAACCUGGAUCCGGGAGCGGCCCUCUAUCUGUACCGGGGCCCCAGCGCCCCUCCCCCGGCUUUGCAGAGACCUUUGGUACCCAGGAUCCUCAUUCACGGACUGCAGGGGGGUAGCGAGCCGCCCCCACCUUUGCCCCCCCUGGCAGGCGUCCUUCCGCGAGCAGCUCAACCGCGGUGAAGCGCCGACUCCGCAGCAAAGCCCGCUGCCAAGGAAGCCAAGAGGCCCCCUCUGCUCCCUUGCGUAGACCGUCCUGACCAUCAGAAACUGUACACCGAGCUGGGGGGGUGGGGGAGGCGGGCCAGAUCCUUGGCACUUCAGCCCCCGCCUCGCCACCACACAAAAUCAUCGUUCACCCUAAAGGAGCAAGAGAAACUUGGAAGGGAAAAACUCAUCAAACGAAAACCUCGCGCGCUCUCAUCUUGCGCUAAAACCUUGCGCGCCCUCGCUUUCAUCUUGCGCUAAAAUCCUGCGCGCGUGCUCUUUCGCUGCGCUUAGUGGUCAGCGCUCCUUAACCGGGAAAGGGGUGAGAGAUCGCCUUCCUCGCAGCGCAGAAAGGGAACCCAACAAACAACAAUUCAAACUUCAGGGAAAGCGUCUGUUCAAAACCGGGGGAGGAGGACCUGGGAUAUGGGGGGUCGGGACACGGAGGAAACACACGAAUAGACAAGUGUGUGAGAUCGCCCGGACACAGAGCCUGUUAGCGCACUUCCCUAGUGCAGAAUAUCCUCCGCCUUAAAAACACGGGGCAGAAUUAAACCGCCUCGCGGUGUAUAAUUCCCACUCGCCCGCGCACAGUUUUUUCGGCCUUUUUAAAAAUC